AUGCGAGGGACCCCGAAUAUGGCUCAGGUCAUCAUUUGUAUAAAAAUUAAAUUAAAGUUAAAACGUCUUUGAGAAGGCUUUGAUUAUAACUCUACGGGUAUAAGAAUAAGGCCAAGUCGUUCUACUUCCCUCGUUAGAACGAUGGACAUGAGUCCGAUAUAGAGUAAGAAAAGAUUAUAUGAACAGUCGAAUAGCAUGAUGAAUCUGGUUUGAUUUCAGAAGUGCCAACCACACUCAGUUCCUCAGCAGAAGAUCUUUUCAAACUGUACGAUGGAGUGGAGACUUUUGUGAUGUUCAUUGGUUACCCCCGCAGCAGCCACAGCCUAGUGGCUGCCAUCUUAGAUGCACAUCCAGAAAUCAUCAUUGCUAAUGAAUACCACGUGCUUCGAACUUGGGAGGGAAAAUUCCGCUCUUCAAAAGAGGUUGAGAGAAGCUUUAAGAAAUAUCAACUCUUUUAUGACCUUCAUGAACUUUCGGUGAGAGACGCUACAUUUGGCCGUCGUGCCAAUAACUCCCUUUUGAACGUCAGGUAUAGCUACCAAGUGCCCGGCUUAUGGCAAGGAAGAUAUUUUAAAGGAAUAAAGGUUAGUGCGUCAUGGAAGGUGUUCCAUCUAUUUACAUAAAUUUACUCCAAGUUGAAGUGUAUCUUUUCAUUUAUAGAUCACAUAAAUCAAAAUGCGGUCACUAACCCAAAAACUGAAAUAUGGCCUUCCAGUGUGUAUCACCAAAGGAAACGACAAACUUGCUUUUAUGCAAAUUAUUAUUUAUAAUAAUUUGUUUUAAUCCUAUUGGAUAGGUAAUUGGCGACAAAAAGGGCGGUGGCACAGCAAAUGCUUUAAGGAAUAAAAAUCACUGGAGUGUCCUCUAUGAAAUUCAAGAAGUUCUUCAGAUACCGAUAAAAUUCAUUCACGUCAUCAGAAACCCCUUUGACAACAUAGCAACCAUCAUGCUCCGCGCUACAGAGUCACGUGACGUCGUAAAAGAAGAUGGAGUAACGGUAGGUUAGAAGGACACGAAGAUUUAAGCAUUUAAUUUUCUUAAAUAUCAACAUGAAAAUGUUUCAGCUGUAAUGAAAGGAAUGUUUGGCUGAAAUCUAACGAGAGGAAUUAUGAUUUUCAAAAGGAAAAUGAUGAGAGGUUAUACUUCCUACAUAUAAGAUUCCCACAUGAUUCUUAGCGCACUUAUCGACGCAGAUAGUGAAAGACAAAAAGUUGUAGCAUCAUCUCAGCUCAAAAAGAAAUCAUUUUUCGUUGCCGAGGUUGCCCUUAGAUUACGAAGGCAUUUUCAUUUCUGACGAGGAAAAUGGUUUGGAAUGGGACAGUGAGGAGGGUGGGGCGGGGUUGAACACACUCUUCUGCAAGCUGUAAUGUCAGGAAUCAAUGCAAAAAUGCUUUUAUUUUUUAUUCCCGUUAUGAGGAAAAACAUAACUGUUUCUUUUUCGUCCGUCUCUUACACCAGGUGAAUAUGACAAAGGAACUUGAUUUAGCCAUUAAGUCAUAUUUCAGCUUGGCGGCUGCAAACCAACGCAUUAGGGAACGUUACGGGAAUGCUGUCAUCGAUAUUCAAGGGCACAACACAGUGCUGAAACCCAGAGAAACGUUGCAGAUGUUAUGCGAUCAUCUAGGAGUUACUUGUUCUGAGGAUUACUUUGAAAAAUGUAGUAGUAUUCUUUUUGGAGUUCCUUCUGUUACAAGAGACAAAGUGGUGUGGACCAAAGAGCAAAAGGAGAAAGUCACAAAACAGAUAAAGAAUUUCUCUUUUUUAAAGGAAUAUUCAUUCGAUGAAUAUCCCAAGUAA